AUGUCUGCGAUACGCUAUGCGGCAUUGCUGGCCGGUUCCAUCUUCAGCAGGUACGCGUCUUGCCAUCGCGUCAUCAGUUUAGUCGGCAAUGAUUGGGAACUCUCCAACCCGGAGCUCAACAUCUCAGUUCCAGCUCAGCUUCCAAGCCAUGCGCACUUGGAUCUAUAUGCGAACCAAGUCAUUGGUGAUCCACUGUUUGGCCUGAACAAUUACAAUCUGAGAUUCGUGGCGUGGGCCAAUUGGACGUAUACUUCAGGACCAAUAUCAGGACUUUCAUCGGAUGCUAGUUCUACUUGGCUUCUCUUCGAUGGCCUCGAUACGUUUACGGAUAUUCAAUUCUGUGGCCAGCAUGUAGCAAGCACGAACAAUCAAUUCAGACAGUACUGGUUCGAUGUUUCGAGCAUUCUGUCCUCUUGCAAUGAGGCGGAUAGAGUGGUUGCUAUCAACUUUGGAUCGGCACCCAAGAUAGCAGACAGCAUUGCUGCGGAACCUGGUCAGGAGACAUGGCCCGAUGGCGUCCAGCAACUCUAUCAAUUUCCCAAUCGAUGGUUUAUUCGAAAAGAGCAGAGUGAUUUCGGAUGGGACUGGGGACCGGCUUUCUCGCCGACAGGCCCCUGGCAGCCAGCAUACGUCGUACAGCUAUGGGAGGACGAAAUUCAGGUUCGGAACAGUUUGGUCGACAUCUAUCGUCGAGGUCAAUUGAACAAUCUUCCUCCGGAUCAGAGCCAACCAUUCAUCAUGAACGCAAGUCUGGACUAUUUCGGAUCUCUUUCGUCGGGAGCAACGAUCAACUACAAACUCACAACGACUGACAACGAAACCACACUGGCCAGCGGUCCUCUGGAAGGUGUUAACGCAACAGAAUCCGCGAUAAGUGGCAUGGUCACGAUACCAAGCGAAGCCGUUGAGCUCUGGUGGCCCACCGGUAUGGGUAAUCAAACACUGUACUAUGUGACGGUCGAACUUCUGUCUGCGAGCAACAAGACCCUUGCAACUGUGACGAAACGAGUUGGGUUCCGCACAAUCGUUCUCAACAGCAACCCAAUAUCGGAUGAGCAGUUGGCUCAAGGCAUUGCGCCAGGCAACAACUGGCACUUCGAGAUAAACGGAAAGGAAUUCUACGCCAAAGGUUCCAACUUCAUUCCUCCAGAGGCAUUCUGGACGACAGUAACACCAGAGAGAGUUGGUGGUCUCUUCGACACUGCCAUUGCCGGUAAUCAGAACAUGUUGAGAGUCUGGUCCAGCGGCGCGUACUCACCAGACUUUAUGUACGAUCUGGCAGACGAGAAGGGGCUCCUCCUGUGGAGUGAAUUUGAAUUUGGCUGUGCAUUGUAUCCAUCUGACCCCGAGUUUCUGGACAACGUACGACAAGAAGCAGAGUACCAAGUCAGGAGAGUCAACCAUCACCCAUCGCUAAUCUUUUGGGCUGGUGGCAACGAACUGGAGAAUCUGGAGCUUCCUAACGUGAACGCAACUGCUCCUGAAGAAUAUGAUCGCUACCUGGCGGAGUAUGAAAAGUUGUUCCUCCACACUCUACUGCCUGUGGUGUAUGGCAACAGCAAGAGUAUCAGCUAUCAACCAUCUUCUACAUCCAAUGGCUGGCUCUCACUCAACCACAGCGCACCUCCGAAUGAGAUCAUGAUUCAGCGAUACAACAACAAGACCGAAGGCUCGAUUUACGGUGAAAGAGACUUCUACAACUACAAUCCCGCAUCUUUAGGCAACGCAUCCGCAUACCCAGUAGGUCGCUUCAGUAACGAGUUCGGCUAUCACUCGAUGCCGUCGAUUCAGUCCUGGCGCCAACAGAUAUCGGAGCGGGACCUUCAUUUCAACUCAACAACCAUUGUAAAGCGUAACCAGCACAACCCACCUGGUAACCUCGACACCAACAACCUGACCAAUUCGCUGGUUGGCCAGGGCCAAAUGACUCAAGCAGUUGAGAUGUGGUACCCUCCAAUCAACAAGACUGACUCUGCUGGGAACUUCUCUGCCUGGAGCCAUGCUACACAAAUCUUUCAGGCGGAGUUCUACACUUCUCAGAUUGAGUUCUAUCGUCGAGGAGCAGGGUUGCCGGAACGACAGCUUGGAAGCUUGUACUGGCAGCUUGAAGAUCUUUGGGUCGCUCCAACGUGGAGUAGUGUAGAGUACGAUGGUCGUUGGAAAGUCCUCCACUACGCCGCAAAGAAAGCCUACGAGCACAUCAUCAUCGCUCCCUACUUCGAUCGAUCCACAGGCAACUUGAGUGUCUGGGUAAGUUCGGAUCUCUGGARUCCAGCUCAAGGAAAGGCCACUCUCACAUGGUAUGACUGGAACGGAACGAAACUCGAUAUUGGCACCAACACAUCCACCGUGGAUGUGACUGUCGGUGCAAUCAACAGCACACAGGUCCUGCAGACUUUCACCACAGACCUCCUGGCCCAGCACGAUGUAAAUGACGCCAUCCUACACAUGGAAGUUGAAGUUGAAAGCCAGCUACCCACUUCGAAUGAAACGCGAACUUUCAAGAAUGAUAAGUGGUUCCACCCCGCAGCUUUGAAGACCGCGAAACUGGUCGACCCAGGUUUGGAGUUGAGUUAUGAUGAAGAUAGCAAGAACUUCACUGUAACUGCGACCAAGGGUGUUGCGGCUUGGGUGUGGCUUGACUAUCCUGCCGGCUCUGUGCUGCAUUUUGAUGAUAAUGGCUUUUGGUUGGGUGCGAAUGAGACGAGGCAGAUUGGAUAUACGGUGAAAAGUGAUGCGACGAAUGGAGGGUGGAUUCAAGGGGUCACUGUCAGUUCCAUGUGGAAUUCGACCUUGGCGGAGUAA